UCUCGUUUUUCUUUCUUUCCUUCCCUCUGCAUGCUCACCAACUCCCUUCCAGCGCUGAACAUACCACGGCCAGUUCGACACUGGCAUCCAUCCCUCUCUCUAUAUAUUGCAAUGGACGCUAGCUCAUCUGCCGCACCCGCAGCAUCCAACAUCGCAGAGACACACGCCUUGGCCGCUCAAGAACGUACACUUCCUACCUAGUAAUUUGCAGUGAGUAAGUUCGUUACCAGCUUUCCAACUUCGUACGACGUACAUUAUAUUCUUCAGAUGAAGAUCACCGUGCAGUCGUCCAAGGCCGUCAAGCCUGCCUACGGCGGCGGCGGCGGCCGGGUCGCUCCGGCCACCACAACCGACGUCGUGCCGCUCACGGUGUUCGACAAGGCCAACUUCGACACGUACAUCUCUGUCAUCUACGCCUUCCGCCCGCCGGCCCCGGCCAAUGCCAUCCUCGAGGCGGGGCUUGCCAAGGCGCUGGCUGAGUAUCGCGAGUGGGCGGGGCGCCUAGGCGUGGACGCCAACGGCGACCGCGCCAUCCUGCUCAACGACGAGGGCGCGCGGUUCGUCGAGGCCACGGCCGACGUCACGCUCGACAGCGUCAUGCCGCUCAAGCCCACGCCGUAGGUGCUGAGCCUGCACCCAAGCGGCGACGACGCGGUGGAGCUCAUGCUCAUCCAGGUCACGCGGUUCGCGUGCGGGUCCCUCGUCGUGGGCUUCACCACGCAGCACAUCGUCGCCGACGGCCGCGCAACGAACAACUUUUUUCUCGCGUGGAGCCAGGCCACCCGCGGGGUCGCCGUCGAUCCUGUCCCCGUGCGCGACCGCGAGUCCUUCUUCACGCCCCGCGACCCGCCGUUGAUCGAGUUCGAGCACCGCGGCGUCGAGUUCAAGCCGUACGAGAAGCAGGUGGACAGCAACGACGUCCACAUCCACGCCAGCGACGACGAGGUGGUGAUACAAAAGGUCCACUUCAGCCGGGAGUUCAUCUCCAAGCUCAAGUCACAGGCGUCGGCGGGCGCGCACCGGCCGUACAGCACGUUGCAGUGCGUGGUGGCGCACCUCUGGCGGUGCAUGACGACGGCGCGAGGGCUGGACGAGGGCGAGGCAACCAGCGUGUGCAUCGCCGUGGACGGGCGCGCGCGGAUGAGCCCGCAGGUGCCAGACGGCUACACCGGCAACGUCGUGCUGUGGGCGCGGCCCACCGCCACUGCACGGGAGCUCGUGACGAAGCCCCUGCAGCACGCGGUGGAGCUGAUCAACAAGGAGGUGGCCCGGAUCAACGAUGGCUACUUCAAGUCGUUCAUCGACUUCGCGAACUCCGGGGCGGUGGAGAAGGAGCGGCUGGUGGCGACGGCCGACGCGGCGGAGAUGGUGCUGAGCCCGAACAUCGAGGUGGACAGCUGGCUGCGGAUCCCGUUCUACGACCUCGAUUUCGGCGGCGGCCGGCCGUUCUUCUUCAUGCCCAGCUAUCUGCCGGUGGAAGGCCUGCUCAUCCUCCUGCCGUCCUUCGUGGGAGACGGGAGCGUGGACGCCUACGUGCCGCUGUUCAGCCGCAACAUGGACACCUUCAAGAAGUGCUGCUACUCCAUGGACUAGGCUAAACUAAACUAGCCGUGCAUGCACUUGCUCUGAACGUGCAUUCACGUGUGGUACUAGUUAUUGUUUCUAGGAGUUCAUUCAAUUGUCAACGAUGUUUUGGUAGACUGAAUAAAUGAUGUUUUAAUCUCCGUAUAAGAAAUGAAUGUUUAAUCCA